AUGUUGAUCGAGCCCCUCCGAACUGGCUCCAAUGCCAUUCGAAGGGUCACGCAGUGGCCGUGGCUAGGUCAAGUGAGAGGUUUGAAUCGCGCCUGCGGUUUGGUGGGCUAUCCUAAUGUGGGGAAGUCCUCGCUCUUCAAUGCCUUCGCAGGCUCUACCCUGGCAGCGGCGGAGAACUUUCCCUUCUGCACGGUGGAGCCCAAUGUGGUGAAGGUGGGUGUGCCCGACGAUCGCUUGGCACGCUUGGCGGAGCUUUGUUCCUCGCAAAGAACUGUCCCCGGGCAGCUGGAAAUCCGUGAUAUCGCUGGACUCAUCAAGGGCGCCAGCAGCGGUGCCGGCAUGGGGAAUGCCUUCCUGAGCCAGAUCCGGGGGGUGAACGUCGUCUUCCACGUGGUUCGCUGCUUCAGCGAUCAGAAGAUUGUUCAUGUCGAGGAUCCCGUGAACAUCGAUCCGGUCAAGGAGUACGAAUCCAUCCUGGAGGAGCUGAUCAUCGCCGACUUAGAGUAUGCCUCCAAGCGUUUACCCGCGCUGCGGAGGAAGGCCACUACGUUGCCAAGGCCAAGAUGCUGCCGAGCUACGAGGCGGUCUUGCAACGCCUCGAGGCGGGCCGUUCUUGCCGGAGACCACGGCGCUGGUGCCCUCCUCCGAUGA